AUGAAGGUAUUCAUCUGUAUUUUGGCUGUUAUGGCAACUACUUGCUCUGCCGGUUUAUUGGCUGGCAUACUUGAAGGCGGUAGCAGUGGUGGUGGUGGCGGUGGUCAUGAAGAAGUUAAGACUAUUAAGGUUAUUCAUCAAGAAGAAGGUCAUGGUCAUGGUGGUCACGUUGAACAUGGUCAUUUCCAUGGUGGUCACGAAGAAGUAAAAACUGUCCAGGUUAUUCAUGAAGAAGGUCAUGCUCAUGGCGGACACGGUGAUCAUGGUCAUUUCCAUGGUGGUCAUGAAGAAGUUAAAACUAUUCAGGUUAUUGAGAAUGCACCAGUUCAUCAUGAAGUUAAAACCGUUAAAGUAAUUCAUGAAGAAGGUCAUGCCCAUGGUGGUUUCCAUGGUGAUCAUGGUCAUGGUGGACAUCAAGAAGUUAAAACUGUGAAAGUAAUCCACGAAGAAGGCGGUUUCUCCGGCGGUCAUAUUGAACAUGGACAUGGUGGAGGCCAUUCUCACGGUGGAUUCGAUGGCGGUUUUGGUGGCCAUCAAGAAGUUAAAACCGUUAAAGUAAUUCAUGAAGAUGGUGGUCACUCCCAUGGUGGAUUCUCUGGUGGUCACUUCGAACAUGGUCAUGGCGGUCAUCAAGAAGUUAAAACCAUUAAAGUAUUCCAUGAAGAUGCCCAUGGUGGUUUCUCCGGCGGUCAUGUUGAACACUUUGGCGGUCACCAGGAAGUUAAAACCGUUAAAGUAAUCCAUCAAGAGGGUGGUUUCUCUGGCGGUCACAUUGAACAUGGUCAUGGUGGUCAUCAAGAAGUUAAAACCAUUAAAGUAUUCCAUGAACAAGGAGGUCACUCUCACGGUGGAUUCGAAGGCGGUUUUGGAGGUCAUCAAGAAGUUAAAACCGUUAAGGUAAUUCACCAAGAAGGUGGUCAUGGCGGAUGGAAUUAA